AUGCCGAUCAGAAGCGGCGCCUCCCCGAGAAGCUUCCGCGCCCUACAGCGGACUCUGUUCGUAGCGGAUUGCAGUGCUGCACUGCCAUUCAAGGCACUUGCUGCACCUUACAGGUGAGUUGACUCGCCAUCGCCUUAUGCAAGAUGAUGGUGUCUGUGCGUGUGCUGCUGUGCUCAGAUCAGCCUGCCUUCUCCCGCUGACCAUGGCUCACUCGUCAAACGUGGCCUUCUGCGACGGCGUUGACCCGGCGGCGCUCAAAGGGUCUGAGCUGCCCACGUAUCAGCUGCCCAAGAGCCCCGCCGAGGGCCUGAGCGUCCCCUCUGGUGGCUGCGUCGUCUGCUCGGAGCCCCUCGGCGCCAAGACCGACCUCGCAAGAUUAAGGUGCGGGUGUUUCUUCUGCUUCCAGGUCUGCAAGCGGCCGACGGCAUCUUGAUUGAUUCACUUAUCGAGGCUUAUGUAUGCAGUGUGUAAAGGGGAGAGUGAAUGCGCACAUAAUCGCCUACCGCGACAGGCAGUACACCAUGCCCUCACCAGAAAACUUCAACUUCCCAUGCCCUGCCUGCAGCACGGUGAGGGAAGACACAAACACACGACCGAUGACACGCACAUCACUCGCGAAUCUGCUGACUGGCUGUCUGCCUAUUGGUUUCUCUCUGUCAGGGGUGUGAUUUGAUCGAGCGUCUUCAGAAGCCCUCGGCCUCCGGUAUGCCCCUGCCUGUUGCCGACGAGUACGGCGGUCCCUUCCGCAACGUGACGGCGAUGCAGCCCCCUGACGGCGUCGAGGCGCCGUGGCUGGCCAACUACUACGAGUUCACCGCCCUCAGCCAUGCCGUGCAGAUAUCGUGCGAGUCCGUGGAGGAGGCGCAGCGGAUGAUUACCUUCAGCCAGAUUGCGGGGCGGUACAUCCGCGAGAGACUGAUGGGGCCGUGGAAGCGUCUGACCUCAGCGCUCGGCAUGGAAGCCGGCAUGGAGGCGUUCAAAUGGUGGGCGGGGAAAUGAGGGGGCCGGUGACCCAAUUAAGUAUCUACACGUCUGUGUGUGUGUGUGUGUGCAGGGAUGCCGAGGCGGAGGCGGUGAGGGCGUCGAUACGGAUGCGCGACAUUGAGAUCACCGCAAUGCGAAGGCAAUCCGCACAGCUGACGGGCCAAGACAGGUGGCUGCAAGAGGGAGGGCGAGAGCGCCUCGCGGCCGGCAGGGGAACGAGUGUACGUUUGCUUUGGACUUCCUGCCGUUGUGUGUUCAGGCCUGUGCCUUUGACUGUGGGCACCGUUGUGUGGGUGGCUGGGCUCGUGAAGCGGCCAGAGUAUAGUGGCUUUGAGGGCAAGAUCACGGCCGUCCUGCCACCAAACACACCAGGCAACACGACAGGCGAGACGCGGUGAGAAGACCAGAGGAGAUAGACUCGCCGCCUGCGUUAGAUGAAUGCAUGUGUGUGUGUGCGCAGGUAUCGUGUGAGUGUGUAUGUCGUGGGCAUCGAGCUGUCGCUGCGGGCUGAGAACCUCCGCCCGUCGCUUGAUGCCAACGACAAGAUGUACGACUGGGGGAUGCAGUUUGCCAUGAUGGCCGAGGCAUUCAAUCAAUAAGUCCCGCUCUCAGCACUGACUGACGGACAGACACACCUCAGGCGGGCCAAUUGACACACGUGGGGCCGGCGAAUGAGGGGGCAGUGACUACUGUGGUGUGUGUGCGGUCUUGUUGUUCACAUUUGCGUUGAUGUGCGCACAUCAAAUACACAGACACAUACGUACAUAUACAUGCAUUCGUGUACAUACAUUCUUCAUGUGUGGGGAACGGAAAUGUCGUGAGCGGGGUCUUUGUAAGUCCGCCAUCCAUUUCUUUGCUGGAUGUCUGUGAGGGAGCUUGAGCCUCUCUGGCUGGCUGCACACAAUGGGCUUUUAUCGAUCAGCCCGUACAUGCGUGUCUGUCACGGUGUGGACUUACUUGUGCUGUGUCGACAUGAAUUAUGAGUCCCAAUGGCUUCAAGGCACAAACACACACAUGA